CUCAGCCCUCCCUCUGCCCACACGGGAGAGCCAUGGUAUCAUCUGGCUGGUUCUAGAACCAGGCAUUGCGCAUAAUCACAAAGGAACGAUGGCUCAAGAUUCCUUUGCAUUUUCUCCAAACUAAGGGUUCUCGGCUACACAUUUUCUCUUGGUAAACAUGGGCAAUCUGAUUAGAGGUUCCUAUGGGAAGAAACCAGCCCAUGAAUUAGAUGAAAGGCAGAAAAUGCUAUUUGACGCUGUAACGGACAACGAUGGGGCUACAUUUCAAAGUUUAAUGUACUACCUCUUGGUCCACGAACCAACUAUUUUCCGGCAAAAGUUCGGGAGGAAGCCACUUGGAAGAUAUAUGAAAAGUACCUUUCAAAUUGAACCUCCUGAAAUAAGAACUGCAGGAUGCCCCUUGAACACGCAUCAGAGAAUUGCACAGUGCAAUGAAGAAAACUACCCUCACAUCAAACCAGAGGAAGACUUCCAGGUGAAUUCUGAUGCAAUCAUUUACCAUGGUCAUAGCCUUCUACAUUUAGCUGUAGCCAACAGAUAUCAUCAAACUCUAAUACACCUGCUGAGGAAUGGAGCCAAUAUAAAUGACAGGGAUAGGUUAGGCCAAACUGCUCUUCACCUAGCUUCUGAAAUCCUCGACCAGCAGGCAAUUACCAUGUUACUCCUCUGUGGAGCGAACGCCAAUCUCGCAACUCCAGAUACCAAAGAAACUCCGCUCCACUUUGCUGUCUGGUCUUCAGCCUGUAAGGCUGGCAUAGUCUUAGCAGCAGGUGAUAAGUGUGUUAAGCUACUGUUGUGCAAUGGAGCAGAUGUACACAUGAAAGACUGGGAAGGGCAAGAAGUUAUUCACAGCGCUUGCCGAAGUGGCAGAAGAGAUAUAAUAAACCUCUUGCUUGAUAAUGAUGCAGAUGUUAACGCUUUAACGCAGGAAGAGGAGUCUGCACUUUUUCUAUUUCUUGAAAAAGAGACCAAUCUAAGGCAGGGAGACGUACUGAAGAGACUGCUAAGCUUAUCAUAUCCUUUGAAAUUAACGAACAGGGAAGGGCGUUUACCCAAAGCACUCAGCCAUCCAUGUAGUGGGCUGCUGAAAGAUAUGCUCCUUAGAGUGUCUUCAGAGGUCUUGCCUUUGCAGGAUAUUUGCAAAUUCAACAUCAGGAAAAUAUAUCGAGGUAACAUGAAAUUCUGGCUAAAAGGAGUGAUUCCAACCAGCUUGUGGCAUUCCAUAUACAUCAAUCAAGAGUUCUCCUAUGCUUCAAAAAUAAAUUAUUUUUGAUUUACCGUGCAACACACAUUUUGGAACGCUAUCAGACAAGAAGAGCAGAAAGAGGGGCCCGUAAUGCUUUCAAAAGUAAACUUGCUUGUU